GUCCAAUGACAUUUACGUCAUUGAUAUUUGAUUAAAGAUUAAAUAUAUAAACAUAUUUUUAGGCUAUAGCCUAUGCGGCGGGAUACGAAUUACGAAUAGCAAAAUGUUUAAAGGUUACCAUCCGUCUUUAGAGAUCUUGUACGAAUACGACAAUUUAGUGCAAUGCCUACAAAAUGGUAUUAACUAAUGUGUGAAAUGAGUAAAAUUUGCAAUUGUUUAACUGUGAUGAAAAUGAUAAUAAUUAAAUGUGUAAAAUGUUAAAUAAACACGUUAAUAAUUCUUAUCACAUGUUGAAUUUUUAUUAAUAAUUUAAUUUUUCUCAGUUCUCAGUUCAUUCAUUCAUUGUAUUAACAUAAGUGUCUACCACAUGAAUCUUCAUAAUACAUAAGAUUGAAAAAAGCAUGGCAAUUAAAGAUGAUUUUGUAUCAAAUAUAAGAAAUGAUAUCCGUAUACGCAAGAAAGAAAAAAAAACCAGAGAUGCUGCUACUACCACUUCUUCAAAAAGUUCAGUUGAUGAUGAAGAGUUUACAUUAUUAUUGAAAACUAUUUUUAAAAAAAUCAAGAAAAAAAAUAAAAAAGCAAAUAAGAUACAUUUAAAAAGUAGAUAUGUGUCCAAUUUUACCAAAGAUGAUGAAGUAAAAUGCGAUGUAUGCAAACAGCUAUUCUCGAAGAACUAUUUUGGUAUUCAUAUGCAAUCUCAUAAAGCAUCAUAUAAAUGUGAUAUUUGUGACAAGAAAUUUUCUUACCUUUCCCUAUUUAAUAGACACAAAGCAACUCACAAACAUGAUACGGUAGUAUAUGAUUAUAAAUUAUAUGAUGAAACAUUUAAGAACCCUAGUAAUUUAUCCAAAUAUGAUACACUUCAUAAACAAGAAAUUAUAAAAUGUCUAUUUUGUUUAAAAACUUUUAAGCAAUUUGAUGAUUUUCUGAACCACCUUAAUAUGUACACAUUUGACAAUCGUUCUAAAAGUUUGACUAAUCACAUAAAAAUACACAGUGAAGGCAUACACUGUUCAUCAUGUUGUACUUGUAAAAUGAGUUUUGCAGAGCGUGAUACCAUCAUAAAACAUAUCAUAUAAUACAUUUCAUCAAAAAACAAAUACUAUUUUGUCAAU